AUGGGAACAAAUAAAUGGGUGCGGCUGGCGUUGAAUGGGGGCAGGCGCGUGAUGGCAGCAAACGAUGAUCGUCAUGAUUAUUUCGACCGUGUGUCCAUGCCCAUCUGCGGUGUGGACUUGACCGGAGAGAUCACGGCGUGGAAUCCAAGGAUCGCCAAGUUGUCGGGCAUCUCGCGGGAGGACGCGGCAGGCAAGCCGCUGGUGGAAUUCAUCGCCCCAGAGAGCAAAUCCGUUGUCCAGAACAUGAUCAAACAGGCUUGCAACAAUUUGGACUCGACCAAGCUCGUCUGGUUGAACGCCAAGGGCAACGGUUGCUCCGAGGUCCUGUUCAGCGCCUCAGCUUGGAGCAACGAGCAGGGCAGCAUUCGCGGGUGCACGUUGUUCGUCUUGGACAUGUCAGACCUACGCGAGGACUUCAGAGAGCAUGAGUUCAUCAACAGGCCGGGCUGA